AGUACUCAUGGUAUUUUCUUUCUCAACAUCACCGGUAGCAGCUCAGUCUUGGAGCCCAGCACCAAAUAUUGUGCUCUGCCUCCCUUUAAUGGAAUGGGAAGGGACAGCAGAGCUCCUGAGGAGACUGUUGGGUGGGGGAAAAGGGUGGAAUAGAGGGAACCACAGAGGUUACGGGCCAGCACCUUGUGGGCAUCAUUUACACCUGCGGAAACUGAGUUAAAACACUACUGUCCAUGACGUUUCUGAGGUUGGCUAAUGAGCAAAAUUAUCUGCCAGAUCUUAAACAUAUUGAGGUGUGAUUCUAAGGUGAACACUCACAUUCUUUAGUCAGAUCGGUACAGUAUUUAUAUUCUCACUACUGAAGAGUAAAAGAUAACAUAUUUGGAUAGCUGUUAUCCCAAUUCUAUAGCUGUGGUACUCAAGUAAUAGACGAAGGAAGAAGAAGACUUUAUCAUUUUUAAUUGUGAAGAUAAGGAGCUCACUUAUGAAGUGGCACUGAAACAGAAACCUCAAUAGUGAAGGUCACCUCAUGAUGAAUUAUUCAACUGAGUCAAAUCUUCUCUCCACUUUUUAUGAUGAUUAUUAUCCUGAGUUGGGCUCCGUCUGCAGCACACAGAAUAUCAAGAUCUUUGGAUCAGUAUUUUUUCCAUUUCUUUACUGUGUGGUGUUCGUGUUCGGCCUGGUGGGAAACAGCUUGGUCAUUUGCGUUCUGAUAGUUUGCAAGAAACUGACCAGCAUGACUGAUGUGUAUUUGCUGAACCUCGCCAUCUCUGACCUGCUUUUUGUUUUAUCCCUCCCCUUCCUGGCUCAUUAUGCUUCAGACCAAUGGACUUUUGGAAACGCAAUGUGUAAAACAAUAUGUGGAGUUUACUACAUUGGCUUCUACAGCAGCAUAUUCUUCAUAACCCUCAUGAGCAUAGACAGGUACUUAGCUAUCGUCCAUGCUGUGUAUGCUCGGAGAGUUCGAACAACCGUGCUCAGCAUUGUUAUAAGCCUUGCCGUUUGGUCAGUGGCCAUUUUAGCUUCAAUACCAAAUAUUUUCUUUAUCCAAGAACUGAAUGAAGAUGGCAUUAUGAAGUGUGCUCCUUAUUACCAGGAUAAUAGGACUGCUUGGAAACUUGUAACCAAUUCUAAAGUCAAUGUUUUGGGUCUCUUGAUCCCGCUUGGCAUUCUCAUUUUCUGCUACUCCCACAUCUUGAAAAAUCUGCAGAGAUGCAUGAACCGAAACAAGUAUAAAGCGAUGAAGCUGGUGUUCGUUGUUGUGGUUGUGUUUUUCCUCUUCUGGGCACCCUUCAACAUUGCACUUUUUCUAGACUCUUUGCGAAGCCUGCACAUCAUAGAUGACUGCGAGACAAGCAAAAACCUAGACCUGGCCCUGCAGGUGACUGAAACCAUCUCCUUCAUCCACUGCUGCCUGAACCCAGUGAUCUAUGCUUUUGUGGGUGAAAAGUUCAAGAAAUACCUUCAGGAAAUACUCAGAAAGCAUGCAAGAUUCUUAUUGAUUUGCAAAGACCACAAUGUCUUUCAGAGUCACUAUAGUACCUCUUUCAUGCGCACCCAGUCCUCACAUUCAUCUGUGAUUGACCCUGUCAUGUAAAAUAGCAUGGGGCAAACACAACCAUUCAAGCAUGCGUUUGGUGUGUUAUAAGUAUCAGUGACUUUGAAAGCAAAUACUCCAGGCAGCUCAGUAAAUACAUUACUUCACAUUGUAGUUGGGAGGACUUAGCUUUCAAUUAAAGCUCUCUAUUACUCUAGUAAUGACUGUGGUAUUAAAGCUCAGACAAUGUUAUAAUUUGAGUGUCCUUAAAUAUAUCAAUUUUAGCUUCAUAUAUAUAAUAUGCUACCUUACAAGGAGAACCAGGCUGUUAUCAAUAUUAUUAUUUUUAAUCCUAACCCUCACUCAAGUGCUCAGGGACCUAUGGACAUGUAUAAGACAUAUAACUAUCAACCUAAUUUCUGAGCUUGGUUUUGUAGUAUAAUUCCAAUUAUCCAAAUUUCCUUUAUCCAAAAAUCCUAAUUACCCAAAUCUACAGUGUGUCCAUCUGGUAGCCCUGUGUUAGUUCAUCACACACACAUCUUCUCAAUUAGCCUCUUUCAAUCUGUAAGCUCUAAUCAACAGAUUUGUAUUUUGUAUAGCAAGUCUCAAUAAAGUUAUUUUUUUACUCUUUUUAAUAAAGUACAAAGUAUGAUGCUAACAUCACCAUUACUCCCUCUGUUCCCCGUAUUUCUGUAUCGGUGACAGUGCAUCUCAAAAUAGCACUUCUAUUUAUCCUAACACCUGGUUAGUCAAAAGAUUGAGAUGUUCCCCAAACCACUGGAAUUUAACAGUAAUGUAUGUUGUCACUGGUGGUUAAAAAAAAAAAGUUUCCUGAUGUAUACUGCUUUUUUUCUGGUUGUGUUCAAAAGCCCCUGUCAUAAAUAUAAAGGGAAGGGUAAACACCUUUAAAAUCCCUCCUGGCCAGAGGAAAAGCCCUUUCACCUGUAAAGGGUUAAGAAGCUAGGAUAACCUCGCUGGCACCUGACCAAAAUGACCAAUGAGGAGACAAGAUACUUUCAAAGCUGGAGCGGGGGAGGAACAAAGGGUCUGGGUCUGUCUUUGUGAUGCUUUUGCCGGGGACAGAACAGGAAUGGAGUCUUAGAAUUUAGUAAGUAAUCUAGCUAGAUAUGCGUGAGAUUAUGAUUUCUUUAAAUGGCUGAGGAAAUAAGAUGUGCUGAAUGGAAUGGAUAUUCCUGUUUUUGUGUCUUUUUGUAACUUAAGGUUUUGCCUAGAGCGAUUCUCUGUUUUGAAUCUAAUUACCCUGUAAGGUAUUUACAAUCCUGAUUUUAUAGAGGUGAUUCUUUUUACUUUUUCUUCUAUUAAAAUUUUUCUUUUAAGAAACUGAAUGUUUUUUCAUUGUUCUUAAGAUCCAAGGGUUUGGGUCUGUGGUCACGUAUGCAAAUUGGUGAGGAUUUUUACCAAACCUUCCCCAGGAAGAGGGGUGCAAGGUUUUGGUGAGGAUUUUGAGGGGAAAGACGUUUCCAAACAACUUUUUCCCAGUAACCGGUUAAAUGUUUGGUGGUGGCAGCGAAAGUCCAAGGGCAAAGGGUAAAAUAGUUUGUACCUUGGGGAAGUUUUAACCUAAGCUGGUAAAAGUAAGCUUAGGAGGUUUUCAUGCAGGUCCCCACAUCUGUACCCUAGAGUUCAGAGUGGGGAAGGAACCUUGACAGCCCCCAUUCUUAAAUAUGAACAAUAGAAACAGAGUUACAAACACCAAAGUUAUGAACUGACUGUUCAACCAUACACCUCAUUUGGAACCAGAAGUAUGCAAUAAGGCAGAAGCAGAGACAAAAAAUAUAAAAUAAAAAGCAAAUACAGCACAGUACUGUAUUAAACGUAAACUACUAAAAACAGUAAAGUUUUUUUAAAAAGAUUUGACAAGGCAAGGAAAAUGUUUCUGUGCUUGUUUCAUUUAAAUUAAGAUGGUUAAUAGCAGAAUUUUUCUUCUGCAUAGUAAAGUUUCAAAGCUGUAUUAAGUCAAUGUUCAGUUGUAAUCUUUUGAAAAAACAACCAUAAUGUUUUGUUCAGUGUUCCGAGCACUUCAGAGUUACGAACAACCUCCAUUCCUGAGGUGUUUGUAACUCUGAGGUUCUACCAUAUUUAAUAGUAUGUACUUGCUUUAAACACGUGGGUAAUGGAAGUAUGCUUACUCCUCAGAUUAAUUAUUACUUGUGAAUAGUUUAAUUUACAUUCCUGAGACAACUUGUAUGAGUAAAGGUUUCCAGGAAUUUGCUCUAACUGAGAAGACAAGGAGGAGUAUAUCUAAGGAUAUGUCUACACAACAAAGAAAACCCCACAGCUGAGACUGGGGCUCGCAGAGCUCAGGCUGUGGGGCUGUGUCAUUGCUGACUAGAUUUCUGGGCUUGCACUGGAGACUGAGCUCUAGGACCCUCCCAUCCCGCAGGGUCCUAGAGCAUGGGCUCCAGCCUGAGCCUGAAAGUCUAUACAGCAAUGAAACAGCCCUUCAACCCAAGCUCUGCAAGCCUGAGUCGGCUAGCACAGGCCAGCCGCAAGUGUCUGUUGCUGGGUGGACAUAUCGUAAAGCUCGAAAGCCUUAAAGAUGGUACUUAUGGCUGGUAGAAUCAGCAUUUCAAUGGUAUACUGAACAUUCAUCACACACUGUAUAUGAGUGGUACCAAACCUUUAAAAAAGGAAGGGCCACUUUAUUUAUGUUUCUGUUUUAGUUCAUCUGUGUCAUCUCCUGUUCUGUUUUUCUAUUUUCUUUCCUUUCCCAGUUUAUUAAAAAAAUAGACUGUGUACUUUUAAUGCCUUUCUAUUUUUUCCUCAUUUUUUGCUCCCCCAGCCCCAUAGAUCAGAAGGCACCUCAGGUUGCCGAUCAGAUGCGGAUAUAAUGAGAUUCCUGCGUGUACU